AUGUCAUCCUCUCGCCUCCCUGAACUCCCGCCCGAGAUCCUCGACCUCAUCCUGGCCGAAGCCUUCCCUCCUCCGUCGACUUCGACCGUCGACGAGUUCCACCGCGUGCGGGACAUGGCCGAGGAGCGCUCGCUCGUUGACUGGGCAGCGGAGGCAGGGACCGUCUGGCUUCCCUUCGUUCGCUCGCUCCUCUUCUUUGCGCUACACGUCGGGUCCCGCCAGCGUGCCGACAAAUUGCUUUCGUCCCUGCGCCUCUCGCUCCCAGGUCAGCCAGAGUCGAAGGGCUACCUCGCCAGGCUCAUCUCGCGCCUCAGCCUCGAUAUCCGUGAACGCCCGCUCCCGCCCGGUAUCAGGCGUCUUCGCGAACACGGCCUCGAGGACGGUGUGACGCCUAUGCAAGUGGUCGAGCUCGCUCGAGCACUGCCGAACCUCGCCUCGCUCGUCGUCGACUUGCCGAACGACCCGGGCUGGCUCGGCGACGAAGCCAUCAUUGGCGCUGUGAGGCGGUUCAACAAAGUUCGUCAUCUCGAGAUGACGAGUACGGGACUAGGCUGGCAGAAUGCGCUCGCCGUCUUCGUCGACUUCGAUCGACUCGAGUCGCUCAAGUUGCGCGGGUUGACGACCGACUGGACCAUCUUGACGGAACUCGUCUCCUCAAGCGCCUCCUUUAGGUCGUCUUUCCAGCCUUCGACGCCCUAUGCAUUCGCCAAGAACCUCACCACGCUCGUCCUGCGGGAGUGCGCACUCUCGGAAGUCGAGUUCGUCAAGCUGUGCGAGUCGCUCGCGCCGCCAGCGUCCGACGACUCCGACUCGCCCGCUCCCGCCCUCCGUCACCUCACAAUCCACCAUCUCCAGUCGUACGCCUCAGGGGGCCCGCUCACUCCCGGCUACGGCGACACGUCUCGCGCCCUCAUCCCGUUUCCCCCUCGCGCGCUCACCGCCUCCCUCGCACCGCUCAUCCCCUCCCUCCAGUCAUUCCACCUGAUCCUCUUCGACCGACCCCCGAUCACCACAAACGACGUUCGCACGUCUCUCGUCCUCGCUGGCGCCCUCAAAGACGGCCACACGACGCGCAACGUUGAUCCUGGUAGUCGGCCAGGUAACGCGCUCGUGCGCCUGCUCGGACCGGAGAUUGAGAACGUCACGCUCGGCGGACCGUGGUGUUUGAGCGGAGGGACGAACGGGGGGCUGUGGGACGCUUUGGACGCUGCGCAAGGGAGGGUACGGAAGUUGGUCCUUGUCCAAUGUGCGGAUGUCGAGCGGCCUGGACCUGGUGUCCGCGGCAUCGAGGGAGUCGGGAUGGAGGAGUUUGUGGAAGCGCUCGGGAGGGAAUGGGCGAGCAAGUUAGAGUGUGUGGAUGUGAGGAGUAUGCAGGCGGAUGUCAGGGGCGACGAGGGGAACCCUGCGUGGGACGCGGAGGGGCUGGAGAGACUCAAAGAGGCGGUUGAGCGCGUCAGUGAGGAGAGGGUGAGGACGGGCGCGCCGCCUAUGAGGGUUCUGGUGGAUGAGGAGCUAGUCGAGCGCAAGAGGGACGAGAGGUUGUGGAACGAGAGGAACAGGGUGAAGAGGCGCGGCGGGAAGAGGGGAAGGAGCGGGACCGCGGGUGCGGACAGGGAGGCGGGGGUGUCGAGCAAGAAGAGGAGGACGACGACGGUGUGA